UCCCUAUACCAACAACAAAGAGCGGAGGGUUACUGGUGGCCAGUGCCCUAGGGUCCCCACUGGAUCUGGAAGGCACUGUUGGCCUCAUGUAACCAGGAGACCGAGGCUGGGGAAGCAGAAGACCUUCCAGGGAAGGGCCUCCUCCGGUGACUCGAGGGACCAUGGCAGCGAAUAGGGGAGUGGAGACCUUCGUGUCUGUCUUCCUGCUGUGCUGCUGGAGAGGGACUCAGCUACAGCCAAUCAACGCAACUUCAGGUCCGGUUACUGAAGACUCACUCAAUUCAACAACUGAAGACAUGCCAGAAGUGUUUGAUGAAAUUCUAGCCCAAGAGAUUUUGGAGCCAAACACAACGGCAACGUCUGAAACUGCAUCAACAAAAAUGCCGACAGCAACAACAAUACAAACCAAGGACAAAAAUUCUGGUAUUGAUGAAAACUACCAAGAAGAUGGCUCUGAGAAUUACCAUGAAUUGUUGGAGAAUUUAGAAGUCUCAUCUACGAACAAGGAGAAGAGUGACAAUGACAGAAGUACCGCCGAGAACAUCCAUGAGCACAGUUCUCAGACCAAGCUUGAGCCACACUACUCUUUUAACGAAAAGAAGAGUUCAAGAAAUGAUAAAUAUGGGAAAGUGUCUGUUCUGGACAGAAUCCUUCAAAACAUAGGAAGAUCUGAAGGCAACCUGGAACUAACAGAAAGCAUCUUUUAGGAGGAGAAGAGGACCAAGCCCAGGAGACCAGCGUGGUACAGACGCUCCUGAGCUCAUUAGAGAGGCAUAGAGCCACCGGCGAGCUCCACGCCACCUUAGGGAAUGCACACACUCAUUGUUAUCCAUUCAUAAAAGAAAAUUGUUUUUCUCCA